AUGGUCCACUGGAAAGAAAUCGUCCGCGAGAAGCGCCGGAGUCAAGCAGAAUCUAUCCCUCUUGCGUGGCGAUUGCCAAACAUCCCCGCAGAUUUCGUUAAUUCCACAGAUGUUAUUGAAUCCUGCGAUGUCCUCUCGGACAGAGAGAAGCAAAUUACAAAUGUUACCGAUGCUUCCACUCUAUUAAGCAAGAUUUCUACCCGAGAGCUCUCAAGUCUCGAGGUAACGACGGCGUUUUGCAAACGGGCUGCAGUUGCGCAUCAGUUAAUCAACUGCUGUACUGAGAUGUUCUUCGAGCGUGCGCUGGAGCAGGCGAAACAGCUCGACGAGCACUUGGCGAGGACGGGGAGUCUGAUUGGGCCGCUGCAUGGAUUGCCAAUCUCGAUCAAAGACGGGUUUGAUAUUGAGGGUGUUGAUACCACUGUCGGAUGGUCUGGUUUAAUUGGAAAACCAGCAAAGAAAUCGGGAACCGUGGUUAAACUUUUGUUGUCACUAGGUGCUGUGCUAUAUGUGAAGACGAACAUACCACAGUCACUGAUGAUGUCGGAUUCAUAUAACCAUGUAUUUGGACAAUCCGUGAAUGCAUUGAAUAAAAAUCUUAUCUCAGGUGGUAGCUCUGGCGGUGAAGGUGCAAUAGUCCGGGCCCGAGGAAGCAUCAUCGGCAUUGGAACAGAUAUAGGGGGCUCAAUCCGAAUCCCCGCCGCAUUGCAAGGCUUAUAUGGAUUACUCCCUUCAGCAGGUCGCAUUCCAUGGGAAAAGUCUUCGAUGACUCAAGUUUACAACGUUGUACCAGUAGCUGGUCCCAUUACCUCCACUGUAGACAACAUUGAAAUAUUCAUGAAAGCUAUCAUUUCCUCGCGUCCGUGGGAAACCGAUCCGAAAGCCUUGCCAGUCCCGUGGCGAGAAGAUCUUGCCAAUCCUCCUAACAGGCCCUUGAAGAUCGCUUUCAUUUUUGAUGACGGGUUUGUGAGACCACAGCCCCCUAUAUCCCGAGCGUUACGUGAAACUGCAGAUAAAUUUAGAGCCGCAGGGCAUGAAGUAAUCGAAUGGAAUUCCUCUUCACACGACGAAGGUAUUAAUAUAUGGCUUAAAGCGGUAAAAGCUGAUGGCGGAGAACACUGCCGAAAAAUGUGCAAGCUAGCCGAUGAGCCCCUGAUUCAGGGGAUGUUAGUUGGCGAGGAGGCGGACAAACUGUCGAUUUCUCAGCGCCAGAAACUCGAAAUUCAGAAGCUUGCCUAUAGAGAAUCGUACCUCGCACACUGGAACAAAGUCGGUAUCGAUGCCCUAAUCAUGCCCGUCAUGGCCUGGGUCAAUUUCAAGCCGAGAACUUGGGUCGAAAGCAAGCAAUUGCUCGGCUACAGCGCUCUUUGGAACUUGCUGGACUAUACCGCCCUGGUUGUUCCCGUUACCAAGGUUGACCCUGCCGUCGACACUCCAGAUAAUGAGUGGAUCAGCUACAAGGCUCGGAAUGAGUCCGAUGCAUUUAAUCAUCAGCAAUACAACAUAAACCUAGUUCAAGGAAUGCCGGUUUCGCUGCAGGUUGUGACCGGGAGGUUUGGGGAAGAGAAGGCAAUUUCGAUUGCGAGGAUUAUGGAGGGUCUGAGAUGA